CCAAAGGAUGAAGUCAUUUGAUCCAACGGCUAUCACUCUCCCUUGCUUCCCAUUUAAGCUGAGUAUAUCUCUAAUUAAAACCACAGCAACGUCUAAGGAAAAAUCAGCUCGAGCUGUGUAAAGUUUCAGGUCUUAUUGAACUUGGAAUGUAUGGAAAAUCUGAUAUUUAGCCUUUAGGAAAGUUACUGAAGGACUCAACAGAAGAAUAAUGGAUCUUACGCUUCGUUUUUGUGUUCUCUCCCUGAAUCUCCUAAUUCUGUUGGUUGCAUAUGGAAUAGAAACUAGGAAAAUGGUUGAAGGGGACAUGCAGGGCAAAAGAUUGAACUUCCCACUUGCUCAAGUUCGUUUAUCAUCAUAUGGGGAUUUAAAGAACAAGGAUGACACUCCAAAUAUAAGGAUAUACAACAACCGAGGAGACAACAAUCAUCAGCAAGCACAAGAAGAGAAUGCCCAAGUUCGUCUAUCAUCAUAUGGGGAUCUAAACAUUAAGGAUGACACUACAGAUUUCUCGAUAUACAACAACCAAGGAAACACAAAUCAUCAGCAAGCACAAGAAGAGAAAGCCCAAGUUCGUAUAUCAUCAUCAUCAUACGGGGAUCUGCAGAAUAAGGAUGACACCAAAGAUUUGAGGAUAUACAAUACUCAAGUAGAAAACAAUCAUCAAGAAGCAAAAGAGAAUGCCCAUAUCCAUUCAUCAUCCCACAUGGAUCACAUUGAUCCUUCUCUAAGAGUUUUCUUCCUUACGGACGACCUGAAGCUAAGAAAAGAAAUAACUAUUUCAUUUCCAAGAAGGGAUCUUUCUUCUACUCCGAGUUUCUUGCCCAAAGAAGAAGCUGAUUCCAUUCCAUUUUCAUUAAAGGAACUCCCAAACCUCCUUCAACGUUUUUCACUCUCUCGAAACUCCCUACAAGCGAAAGGUAUGGAAGACACACUGAGAGUAUGUGAAGCUCCACCUAUAAAAGGAGAGACAAAGUACUGUGCUACAUCAGCAGAGGCGAUGCUUGAUUUUGUUCAAGAAAUCAUGGGAGAAAAAACUCAAAUUAAAGCUCUGUCCACAACUCAUUUCUCAAACUCAACUCCCCUGCUUCAAAAGUAUACCAUUCUGGAUGCUCCACAUGAAGUAGCAGCUCCUAAGCUGGUGGCUUGUCAUACCAUGCCUUAUGCUUACGCGAUUUUCUACUGUCAUUACACAAUUAGCAAGAGCAAAGUGUUCAAGGUUUCAUUAGGCGGUGAAAAUGGUGAUAGAGUGGAGGCAAUUGCGGUUUGUCAUUUGGAUACCUCUGACUGGAGUCCAUCUCAUGUAUCUUUCCAAGUGCUCAGCUUACUACCAGGAACAUCUCCUAUCUGUCACUUUUUUCCAUCAGAUAAUAUAGUCUGGGUUCCAAAUAUCGCCACUGCACAAGUGAUCUGAGGGAGCAGUCUCUCCACGUCCGUAGCAGAUUUUAUUUGCUUCUGCCUUAUUACCUGUUAAUUGCAUGUGUGUACUAGUACUGUUUUUUUGUAUCCUUCCUGUACUGUUUCAGUGUACCUUUUGUUUUACUUUAUCUCCAGUAGUGAGAUCUAAUUAAACAAUAAGAUUUUCUGGCAA